GAACCGCAGGUACAGCUGGGAGACGCACAUACAUUUUGUGGGAGCUUCUUUCCACGCAUGAGACAUAAUAGGACGCACGGCAUCGUCAAAAUGAGCUAAUGCAGAAAUUACGUUCAACUUUUUAUGCUGGACCUCUGAUUGCGUUUUAACAGAGGAAGGAACACAUAAUUGCCUAAAACAAAAAUAAACCAACAAUGAAAGAAAAAUCUAAGAAUGCCGCCCGGACUAGACGGGAAAAAGAAAAUAGUGAAUUCUACGAACUGGCAAAAUUGUUGCCCUUGCCCUCGGCCAUCACAUCCCAGCUUGACAAAGCUUCCAUCAUACGAUUGACAACUAGCUACUUGAAAAUGAGAAUUGUCUUUCCUGAAGGUCUUGGAGAAUCGUGGGGUCACGUGAGCCGAACCAGCUCACUGGAUAAUGUGGGUCGCGAGCUGGGUUCCCACUUACUUCAGACAUUAGACGGGUUUAUUUUUGUGGUGGCUCCCGAUGGAAAAAUUAUGUACAUCUCAGAGACUGCCUCGGUUCAUUUGGGUCUGUCACAGGUAGAGCUUACUGGAAAUAGCAUUUAUGAAUACAUUCAUCCCGCCGACCAUGACGAAAUGACGGCGGUGCUUACAGCACACCAACCGUAUCAUUCUCACUUUGUGCAAGAGUAUGAAAUGGAGAGGUCGUUUUUCUUGAGAAUGAAAUGUGUUCUGGCGAAAAGAAAUGCCGGCUUGACUUGCGGUGGAUACAAGGUGAUCCAUUGCAGCGGCUACCUGAAGAUCCGUCAAUACAGCCUGGAUAUGUCCCCCUUUGACGGGUGUUACCAGAAUGUGGGGCUGGUGGCUGUGGGUCACUCUCUGCCCCCAAGUGCCGUCACAGAGAUUAAACUGCACAGUAACAUGUUCAUGUUCCGAGCCAGUCUGGAUAUGAAGCUCAUCUUCUUGGAUUCCAGGGUGGCGGAGCUGACCGGGUACGAGCCCCAGGACCUGAUCGAGAAGACCCUCUACCACCACGUCCACAGCUGUGACACCUUCCACCUGCGCUGCGCGCACCACUUGUUGUUAGUGAAGGGGCAGGUCACCACCAAAUACUACAGGUUCCUGGCGAAGCAAGGAGGGUGGGUGUGGGUACAGAGCUACGCCACCAUCGUGCACAACAGCCGGUCCUCACGACCCCACUGCAUCGUCAGCGUCAACUACGUCCUCACGGACACUGAGUAUAAGGGGCUGCAGUUAUCCCUGGACCAGGUGACCUCCAGCAAGCCAACAUUCCCCUACAGCAGCACUGUCACCAGCAUCGCCGACAGCAGGAAGGGGAGUAAAUCACGCGUGGCGCGCUCUAAAGCCAAGGCUCGCCUCUCCCCCUACCCACAGUACCCCGGCUUCCACGCCGAGCGCUCCGAGUCGGACCAGGACAGCCCGUGGGGCGGGAGCCCGCUGACGGACUCUGCCUCUCCACAGCUGCUGGACCACAGAGAGGGUGGGGAGGCGUCGUGUGCGUACCGGCAGUACCCGGACCCCGCCUCUCUGUGCUAUGGCCUGCCCCUGUCCGAGGAGCGCCACGCGCACUCUCAGGCCUGCGACCGCGGCCGCUGCGACGCCGGCCGCUACUUCCUGGGCACACCCCAGCCCGGCCGCGACGGCUGGUGGGGAGCGGCCCGCGCCGUGCUCCCGGUGCCCAAAUCCUCGCCCGAGAACGGAGAGGCCUACGAGGGGGGCAUGCCUCACAUCGCCUCCAUCCACAGCUUACACGGUGAAGGCCACUGGGACGAGGACAGCGUGGUGAGCUCUCCUGACGGCGGGUCGGCCAGCGACUCCGGCGACCGUUACCGGGGCGACCACUUCCGCGGGAGCCCCCAGGAGCCCAGCAAGAUGGAGACGCUGAUCCGGGCCACGCAGCAGAUGAUCAAGGAGGAGGAGAGCCUCCUGCAGCUGCGCAAGGGCCCUGCCGAGCCGUUGGGGCCUGCCAACGGCCUCUCCAAGGGCCCCGGCCCCUGCUUCGCUGCCGACUUCCCCCAGGGGGCGCUGCAGGGCGUGGUGUGCCGGGGGCCGGGCGUGGCCCUGGCCUGCGAGCACCUCCAGAACCGCGACGGCAAGAUGAUCAGUCCCCACGGCAACGAGCACGAGGGCAGCCCCGCCCCGCUCUCGCGCAUCAGCAGCCCCGUCUCCGAGCGGCUGCCCAAGGCCAAGGACUACCUGCAGGGGGAGCUGUCCCCCCAACAGCCCCGGGGCACCCACUGCGCCCCCUCCCCCACCUUCUACUCUCCGCACCACCGGCAGUACCUGGACAAGCACGCGGCCUACUCGCUCACGGGCUACGCGCUGGAACACCUGUACGACGCGGAGAGCCUGAGGGGCUACUCGCUGGGCUGCCCCAGCACGCACUACGACGUGACCUCUCACCUCCGAAUGCAGCCGGACCCGACCGGGGGGCACAAGGGGACGUCCGUCAUCAUCACCAACGGGAGCUGACGCUCGUGAGGCAAAGGGAAGCACGCAAACACGUCCCCCCGCCGCCCCUCCUCCACCACACGAAGGACACCAGAAACUAAACACAAAACACUGUUCUAGAUUUGUUCCUUUUUUCUAUGGUCUUUUUUCACAUGCCCCUCGGCAUCGUGGGUAAUCAGGUCUUUGGUCCUGCACUAGAACGAUUCAGGAAAACAGGAAUGGAAUAGAAGCGUGGCUUUGUCAUUAGUCAGAGAGAGAGAGAGAGAGAGAGAUAGAGAGAGAGAGGGAGAGAGGGAAAGGAUAUGUUUUAAAAUGCACUUUCACAGCAUUCUGGAUGUCUUUCAGCGUGUCUCGUUAACCUUUAGCGAUCUUUUUUUAAAAGCUGGGCCGAGUUAUAGAUAAACCCGCAGUCUGACUAUUUUCUGCACCGUCGCACACGCACGCAGUGGGAGAGAACGAAUUCAGGCCGGCACCGAGAUCUGUUCCAACUGGAGCACAACAGCAGGAGAUAAAAGAAGACUGGAUUCGGUCAGCUCUGUUUUUUUUCUUUCUUUUUUUUCCGCUGUUUUUUUUUUUCACAGGGCAAUAGAGAAUAUGCAAUUUUAUUGUAUUCACAGUUUUAGACCUCUAAAAACAACACGGCAGAAGAGAAACAGGCGCAAGCUCUUUUUUUUGAAAAUGUUGAGGAGAACAGGACUCUAACCCCGACCUGCUUUCCCCUGAUUGGACUGUCACAGUGUGGCCGUGUCGCCAUCUUUGGAGUACAGUGUUUCUGUUCACCAGGCUCAUGCCUCUGUUUGAGAAAUGUUCACGGUUUUCAGUUUGCUUCACGCAGUCAGUUGUAGCCUUAAGGGAUGUAAGAAUGUAGAUACAAUUUGUACUUUUUACCCCCCAGUUUCUCGACCCUUACAUCUAAAUGUUGGAGACUGUGUGGUUUGACUGCCUGUGGCUCCCUCACUGUAUAAAGUGGCUAUUCUCUAGAUUUAUUUAUGAUGUAAAUACGCCUGGGAAAAAAUGACUUUUGAGGUACAGGUGCAAAAAUGUAUUUAUUAUGUGAAUGAUAAUGUUUUCUUUUGGUUUUGAAAUAUAGUUGCAAUCAAACAAA